AUUAGAAAUCGUAUCGACUAUCAACAGGAUAGCUUGAAUAGGCAGUCACGUGACAUUGUUGUCUUAAUAGUGUCAUGGCGGACGUAAUGGCUGACUUAGUGAUUCUGACAAAGUGCUUACGUUUACUGCGUUUUUAACAUUAUUUUUUAUGUAUCGGCGAUCGCCAGGAUACAUAAUUCACUAAUGGUUAUUUGUGUACCCGGGAAAAUGCAAUUCGAACUUUCGAAAGAAAGACAAGCUAGAAAAAAGAAAGCUCGAACAUGGACUGAAGCGGCGAAGCUCGCUUUAGAACUUUACCCAAAAACUCCAUUGGGAGACAAAGAGAUUUUUAAUGUCAUUCGUGCUAAAGGAUUAAAAGAUGUCAGUGGUCCAGCCUCUUUAGCAUGUUUAAAUGCAAUGCUGCACCUGCAUUCCAGAGGACCAGAAGCAAUGUUUUAUAGAGUAGAUGGAUGCACCAGUGUUUUUGGACUUGCAAGUAAUAUUCCGGAUGGUGGCGUGAAGAUGGAAGUCGAUGAAGAAGAGAGUGGCCAAGAGUUUGAUCCCGGUGAUUCUGAUCAAGAUUCUGGGGCUUCUUUAUCUCCUGGCAGAAAGAAUGAUCGAGUUCUAUAUGUGCGUCUACCUCCUGGUUACAAAAGCUCUCCAUUGUCUGUAAAUAGCAGUUGUAACCACCAAAUGGAAGAAACAGGAGUUCAUAAAAAUGAUCAGCUUCCGGUGAAACCACUUGCGUAUAAGAAUGAGUACUACACUCGAAUACGUCGAAUGAAUGGGGAAAAUAUGAUAGAAAAUACUAAGAAUGAAAAAUGCAAUCAAGCCUCAGCUGCUAAUUUAUCUGUAUCUUCUCCUGCAAAGGUGUCUCAAAGUCAUAGUCAAAGAGCCAUUAAACACGCAUUACGACAGCAGCAGAAGAGGCGCCGACGUAACACAGCAAUUGCUGCUAGUGGUAAUGCACCUCCACCUAUACCUCGGAUUAUUAUGAAACCGUUACCUCCUGCUCCAACUGUUGCAGGAUGUGUGCCUGAAGAAAGAUGGAGAUGUUCUCUGGAGAAAACCUCAUUGCGCGAGAGUACUAGGCACAAACCUCAAACAAUGCGAGAAUUACUUGCUUCAAUACCAGGACUUAGUUUCAAGCCGAGGAAGCGAUCCAGCAGGAAAUUAAGUACAGCUGCUCAAAUUGCUCAAACUAAGCAAGGCUGUAUAAAUAUUGAAACUCCCGAUUCUAUACUUGUAAAUACAAAUUUGCGGGCUUUAUUAAACAAGCAUACAUUUGCUUCAUUACCUCCUGUAUAUCAAUAUAGAUUAGUGCAUCUAUUACCUCAAGCAGAUCGAGUUAUUGGGGCAGACUAUUCUGUAAGGCUUUGUGCCACAGCCUUAAGCAAUGAAUUCUUUGCACGAGCAUGCCAAGAAUGGAAGAAAAGAUUACAAGAAGGAGAAUUUACCCCUGAAAAUCAGAUGAAAUUAAAAGGGGAAGCUGAACGGGAUCACAGCAAAUUAGAUCCUUGGAAGAUGUCUCUUUCUUACAGAUCUUCAUCAGAUCUACCUGAGCAGUCGAAACAAUCCUUUCUGAUGAAUUCUCAGUUGAAAUCUUCUUUAAAUCCUCAGAGUAAACAUGUGCCAACCAUUAAAAUUAAGCCUGUUGUGAGAAGAGGGCGACUAAAUAGAGACUUGUCAAAACACAGACGUAUCAUGGAUGAAGAUUCUCCAACCUAUUCAGAUGAAAAUCACCCUGCUGGUGAUUCCCCAUUAUACAAUCAAACCUUAGAUAUUGACACAACAGAAGCAGUUGAGGCAGAUUCUCUUUAUGCCCCUCCCACCAAGAAAUUAAAAUUGUCUGAAACUCUGUCAUCCAAUUCAUCUGAAUCACAAGAAUCGUCUGAAGAGUCUAUACACGCAGUGAUGCAAGAGACUUCACCUUGUCCAUCUCCAUGUCCAUCCUCAGUGACAUCCACUACCUCACCAUGCCAUUCUGUUGAAGAUGGGGACAUUAACAAAGAUAUAAAUAAAUCAACUUCAUCGAUCAUUCCUAUUUCCUUGUCUGUGACUGUGGUUCAAACAACUGCUCCCAGUCAAAGCUUAGUUCCACCCAUAACAAUCCGCUCAAUUCCAGUACUGCGACCUGGAGGAAGCAAGAAAAGUUCUGGUCGCAGUGAUGGAGGGGCAAACCUUGAACGUUCUUAUCAAAUAUGUAAGGCAGCAUUAGAGUUUCAUAACAAAAAAGAACCUUCAUCAUCAAGUUCUGCACCUCCACAAUCCUCAGAGGCAGUCACUUCAUCCGUCACCACCUCCGAUACGCCUGACAAGGCAAUCGACGAAAGCUCUCUGGAAACUCAAAGCGGUGAAAUAGACAGUCAGAUGACUGAAUCCAAUGUAUAUAUACCAGAAACUCAGGUGACCUCUAAUUAUUUGUUAAAGACAUGCACACCUUCUACCGUUCCUACCUUUGCAAUUAAUUCUGUUUCUUCCACCAUUAACCCGCUUGAUACCUCUAACACAUGCACUAAUGCCGACGUAUCUUCCCUCGAUUCUGAAUCCAACGGAGAGGCAGCCGAGUGUGCUGCCGUCGAUACUUCAGAAUCUUGCUGCAUCGAUCCUAAUGCUCCGGUUUGCAUGGCAGCAGAUUCCACCAGCAUCGAGGAGCCCUACGAGUUUCCCGAAUCUCCUGCCGGCGAUUUGACCAUCGAUGCCUCGCCCUCUUCGGUAGCAUCAGGGAUGAUGGAAGGUUUUUCGGAGCAUUCGUCUGCCCUGGCGGAUGACGUGGCAAUGGACCAGGAGUCUACGACAUCCACGAAUAUAGCCACGGUCGAUGACUCCCCUGGAACCAAAGCUGAUACGACCGAAGAGGAAAGCAUGGAACAUUACAUUACCUCUGUUGAACCCAUUGCCUCUCAGGAUUCAGUAUCUUACAAUUCUAACUGUGAAAUUGUGGAAAUUAAUACUGUGACAACCUCUUUGCUAGAUAAUGAUAUAGGCUGCUUGACCUCUGAAUGUCUUGAUUCUGAUUCAUCAAGCUUGCAACAACCCUUUGAUGACUCACAAGUUAUCGAUGAAGACAAUACAAUCAUUCUGAGUAUGCCAUCUAGUGAAGAAGAAAAUGUUGUGUCUGAUGAUACUAUUAAUGCAGAGGAGAGUAUGCAAGAAGAUAAUAAAGGCACUAUGGAUGAUAUGGAGUGUAAGCUUUCUUCCAUGGAUGAUACUGAGGAUAAACAUAUGUUAGAAGAUGGUGAAAGUAAACUUUCUUCAAACAACGAUACACAGAGUAAAAAUUCAUCCUUCGACGACGACAAUGAUAGCAAAAUAUCUUUUGUUGAAGAUACUGAAUGCAAACUGACUUCUACUGAAGAAAUGGUUUCAAAAUCUUGUUCUGAAAUGCAGACAUCAUCUACUGAUAUAGAAAAUGACCAGUCUCUUGAACAAGAAAACAAUGAAUGUGAAAUGAUAACUGAGCAGUUAACUUCAAGUGAACCCUAUACUGUGCCACAAGAAAAUUCCUUGGAAGGAGAAUUGCUUUCUAAAGAAUUAGACUCGAGUCAGAUGGAUACCCCUUCUAGACCCUUAAGUGCUCCCUUGAAUGUCCAUGCUUCUAUACCUGAAGUAGCCAUUCAGAAAAGACCGGCUAGUUCCCAAUCUUACUAUAAAAGGUCUAAAGUUUCCCCCAUAGUGUAUUUUGAAUCCCCAGAAGGGGAUGAUAGUAAAUCUGAUUACGAUAAAAUGCCAUCGCCUCAUAGCUCAGAUGGCAUGUUACAAUUUUCGUCUUCAACUAUGAAUGAAAGCAAUUCUUCGAGAAACGAUUAUUUAAUUCUUGAAGUAGCAUCUGAUGAUACUAUUAAUGCUGAAGAAAAAAGCACUUUUGUAGAGGAUGGUGAAAGUAAGCUCUCUUCCAUGGAUGAAACUGAUGACAAACAUUUGAUAGUCGAAGACGGUGAGAGUAAGCUUUCUUCACUCGAAGACACUCAGAGUAAGUGUUCGUCGCUAGACGACGACGACAGCAAAAUAUCUUCGGUCGAGGAUACCGAAAGCAAGUUGUCUUCUACCGAGGAAAUGAUCAUGAAACCUUAUUCUGAAACCUCAUUGGCAAACAAUGAGCAAUCUGCUGAUGUAGAAAAUAAAAUGGUCAUUGAACAAUUGCCCACAAAUGUUGUGCCACUGAAGAAUGUUUCAUUGCAAGAAGAUAUUGUUAAAGAAGAUUCUAAAAAAUCAUUUCCAACUCAGUUGGAUACUCCCUCUAGGCCCUUAAGUGUUCCCUUGCACUUUCCCCCCACCCAGACCUCUGGGUCUGAAGUGAACACUUUAAAAAGGCCUGCUAGUUGUCAAUCCUAUUACCGAAGCUCAAAAGUUUCUCCCAUAGUGUAUUUUGAUUCCCCUGAAAGUGAUGAUACUAAAUCUGACUGCGAUAAAAUUGAUAAAAUUCCCACUCCAUCACCUCAUAGUUCAGAUGGGUUAUUACCAUUCUCAUCUUCAAGUGUUGAAGAAAGUAGCAAUUCUUCUCUAAGAAAUGAUCAUUUAGCUGUUAGCAAAGCCCCUGAAUUUAAGAAUCACAUGCCUUCCUCUUUAACAAUUGAUCAGACAUGUGUUAGUAGCAAACUUACGCCCCAAGUAACUAUGGUGGAAAUAAUAGCCACCAGAGGAUCUCCUUUUGGUCGCUUGACAACAUCAACUACUUCAUCAAUACAAUCUGUUACCUCUGUUGUGAGUCGUCCACAAUCUAAUCCCUCGUCAGAUUUUACUGUUUCUCAACAGUCUAAUAAACUAAGUAGUACCACUGAUCCCCAAACAUUUGGUCCAAACCACCUUUCUUUGCCUGAAGGUUGCACGGGUGGGUCGGGCGGCAGCCUACCGAGUCAAGCUGUGUCUGUCGUACCUGCCUCCACACAACUUCCAAUUGCAUCUGGAGGUGUCAUGUAUCCGUCGGCAAACGGACUUGCGAGUGUCGUCGGGACGCCGGCGGGGGACACGCCACCCAGAUCUCUUCUACAAUCAAGUCCAGUUAUCAACGGUGCGUCUUCUGGAAUCGAAGGAGCCGUGACGAGUUCGGGAGGAGACAGUGGUGGUGGAAAUGGAUCUUCAGGUAAUGAAAAUAGCUGCGCUUGUAAUCUCAAAGCCAUGGUAAUGUGUCUUAAGUGCGGAGCAUUUUGCCAUGACGAUUGCAUCGGGCCGUCUCGUCUUUGCGUCACUUGUCUAAUACGGUGACCCAACUGUUGUAAAUAUAAGAAACCAAGUUUGCUUCUAAUAAUUUUUACUCAUGAUUGUUUGAGUUUUCAGUUGUAUCUAUCUCAUUGCCUGUUCAUAGUAUUGUAGAUUUCAGCUUUGUAAAAAGAAAAUAUUAUUAUGUGUGCUGUGUGAUAUAAAAUUACUUAUGAACCAAUCAUAUAGAUGUCAUAUAAAAUGUUAUCUAUUAAGAACUAUGCAACAUUUUCAGUCACGACCUUUUUGAAAAGAGGAAAACUGUUAUAUAUGUUUUAUGUAUGUUAAAUAAUGGAAUUAGAUGCACGAAGAAAUUUAUUAUUGUAUUUGCAAUACCUUCGUAUAAAACACUGUUAUUAGUUGAUUAUUGUUAUAAGAGUUGACGAAAUUAUGGAAGUUAAAAUUCGUGGGAACUAUAUCUGAUAAAAUGUUAUGCAUAAUUAUUAUGGUCUCCUAGACCUCAUGCCAAAGAUGCUGAUGAAUUUUAAUUAUUUGUAGCCACAUUUAGUUCUAUACAUCAACAAAGUUUUAAAAUUAAAUUUUGUUUUUUUUUCAUUAAUGAUACUGAUGUUACUUAGGGGCCGUUUUUGUUUUUGAAAUGAUAUAUAUACUUUGCACACAAUAGCUUAUUAAAUAUUGUUGCUUAAUUGUAAAACUGAAAAAAAUCUUUUUAAGCAGGGCUCGAUAUUACUUGCUCCAAUUGCUGUGAGAAUCGUAACUAUCACUUCAAAAUUUGAUACAAUUUCAUUGAUGUUGCUAACUGCCUUUCCUGUUUAGAGUUAAAAAAUAAACUCCUGACAAAAUCCAGUGUGUAAAUGAUACUUAAUCUGAUAAACAAUAAAAAAUUUGUGUAUAAAAAUAAAAAGGUUAACCAAUGUAUAAGUACAACUUAUCUAUUGCAAGUUUAUUUUUUGCUUGCUUGUAGGGGAUGCCAAUUGUAAAUUUGAAGUGUCUUGUUUUUAUUUGAAUCAAUUUGAUUGUAUAAAAAAAUCAUGAUAAGCAAAUUCUUAAUCCUCAGUAGGACAUUUUAAUGUCAGGAACAAUCAAAAAUUAUAAUUUCUUAUAUAGUUUUUUUUUUUUUUUUUUUUUUUUUUUUUUUUUUUUUUUUUUUUUUNUUUUUUUUGUAAGUAUGAAAUAUAAUUAUUUUUAUGCAUCUUGUGUAGGACAAAAAUUUUUUUUAUUCCAAAGUAUCUUCUGCUUGCUAAAAUCUUCUAGUUUUGUGUUGAUGUUUAAGGUUCUUAAAUUAAGAAAAUAUUUUUAAAUAGAUAUUUUUGCCGAAUAAAUAGCUGCAUACUGGGAACUUCUGCCCUAAGAGCUUUAUUAUUUGGCCUUUUGAAUUCAAUUAUAAUGUGAGUUUUCAUAAUUAUGAAUUUCAAGCCUAUUUUGGGAGACCAUGUGUCUCGCUCAAUAAAUAAAACUAUGCAUUUUUGCUUACAUUUAUGUGUCAAUAUUUUAUUUCGAGCCCUGAAGGUAUAUAUAUAUUUUUAAUGAUUUAAUUAUUCUAAUUAUUCUUUUGUGCUUACAGCAUAAAGAGUAAAAGAAAAGUGAGUAAAAUAAAAAUUCAGACACGAAUGCAUAAAUAAUUUUUUUUUAAAAAUUAUUAAAAGAAUUUGCUUUAAAUAAUUUGAAGAAAACAACAAAUCGUAAAUAAUGGUUCUGCUUUUAUUUAAUAAUUUCUUUAAUUCUGCCCAAGGAAAUAAUCGUAAUUACUUGAAAAAGCAGACAAUGUCAAGACAGAUUAUUUAAAAACAAAGUGAAAAAAAAAUUUUUUUUUGUUAAAAAUUUGAAGUGAUUUGAUGAAAAUAAUUGUUUUAAAAGUAAUUUAUCUUUACACUACACAAAUGUUGAUUUCAUGAUCUUCUGUUGUCGCAUCUGUAAAUCUCAAAACAAUUAAAAUUAAUAAUAGGUAAUUGGAAAAUUAAAUUGAGCUUUGCUUACUUUUCAAUACACAUAACUUUUAUUUAAUUGAACGAAUAUUGUAAGUUGAGAUAAUCAAUUUUGUUUUUGUGUUUAGAUACUAAUCAUCAAGUUUUAAACUAUAUUUAUUGCAUAUUUUUCUUCAGAAUAUUUUCUCUUGCUUGUACCUAAAAUAACAAUUGUAGUGUUAAUGCAUAAUUCCAUGUUAUUAGACAAAUAGGAUAGAAAAGUAAUAUUUUGACACAUCUUUUAUAAUGGUUUAUGUGUGACUUAUUAAAUAUGUCAUUUUAAAAGCAGACAACUUUAAAUUAAUUCAAAAUUUAAAGUUAAGAAGUUUUAUUGGUAAACAAAAUUAGAGUUCGAGUUGUAUUCAAAACUAUCAAAAUUUGUGAUAGUUUUGAAUGGAUAGCUAAUAGCCUUCCAAAAUAAUAAUAAUAAAAAAACUAUUAAUGAGUUAAAUACAUAUUAAACAGUCCCAAUAAAGUUUAAAAGUAUGUGUAAGUUUUUUCUUCUUCCAAGAACCUAAAUUCCAAUGAUUCUUAGAAUUUUAAUGAGAGGUACCAUGUUAAGUGACUAUAUUUUUAAGUCUUUUUAGAGAUAGAACUGAUUUGAGUUAGAGCUUUUUGAUUGUUUAAACCAGUGUGAAUUAAUUGCUUUCGAAACCCUCAAAAGUUGGCACAUGGAGGGGGGGGGGGAUCUUGGCACUUGACUUACCCAAGCAUUGUUUAUAAACAUCACUCAGUUUACAAUCUAAAAUCUGCUAUAAAAUGGUUGUGUGCAAAAAUAAACCAUAGUGAAUUUAUAUGAAAUGCAGAACUGUAGGUUCAAUAGACUAGUUGAAAUUUUUGUGAGCCUGACUCGAAUUCAUCUUAUCAUUUUCACAAAGUCCAAAUUAUUAAUUUUACUACUAAAUAAAUAUUAUUUUGAAAUUGUGUGUUCUUAUUAUUUUUAAGUCUUAUUAGAAUUAAAGUUAUUUUAUUUAUAAUUACAUCAUAUACUAUAAUAUAACAAUUAAAUAAUUAAAUUUUAAGAAAUAUAUCGGUAUAAAAUAUUUAAAUUGUGUAAAAGCAUUCAAGAAAAAGAGUAUAUUAAUAUCUCAUUCAUACACAAACAUCUUAUUGUGAAAAGAUUUUGUAGUGAAUAGAACUAAAAAAACUAAUCAAAGUAUUAUAUAACUUUUAGCCGUACCCUCACAAAUUCAACUAAAGGAAAAAUGGUAGUUUCAUAAAA